AUGGGCUCCAUCGAACAAGACGGCCCCGUAGCCAUGAAUUACUUCCCUCAACAACAGCAAGACUUCAAGCCUCCACUCAUCGCCAACGAAAACGCCUUUCUUGGCGACGUCGCCACGUCCGAGAAGGAAAACUCCAAGUCGCCAAUCUCUGCAGGCUUCUACAGACUCGAGAAAGGCACACCUCUGGUCUACGAAUAUACCUACGACGAAAUGAAGAUCAUCCUAGAAGGCCACUUCGACAUCAGUGACGAAACGGGCAAGAAGGUACAUGCAACGAAGGGCGAUGUCUUCUAUUUCCCGAAGGGCUCGAAGAUCACUUUCACGACCGAGGAUUAUGGGUUGGCAUUUUAUACUGGGCAGAGGAAGCAGGGUGCUGCUUGA